AUGAAUGUGGAACACGAAGUAGAGCUGUUGGUACAAGAGAUCCGCAGACUGGGGUCGCCCAACGCCGAGGGAAAGACUGCCGUUACGUUCGGUGUCCUGUUCAGAGACGACCGCUGUGCGAACCUGUUCGAAGCGCUGGUGGGGACUCUGCGAGCCGCCAAGAGGAAGAAGGUGGUCAAUUAUGACGGAGAGCUCUUGCUGCAAGGCGUCCAUGACAACGUAGAAGUAGUACUGCUAAAGGAAGAUUGA